AUGCUGAGUCGUGACUUCCCCGAAGAUCUGGUAGUGGAAAUCCUAUCAAGGUUACCAGUGAAAUCCUUGAUGCAAUUCAAGUGUGUACGCAAAUCUUGGCAUGGUCUUAUGAGAAACCAUUCGUUCAUCACCCAGCACCACAAAUGGGCCACUUCAAACAAUCAAGGACGUGGUGUUGUCUUUGUGUAUGAGAACGAGAGGCUGACAUAUCUCUCAUUGCUCUCUAAUGAUACUCUAGAGGUGUCCAGGGAUAUGGAUAUAUCGCCAUUCUUCCAGGACGAGAUUACGCUAUUUAUUGAUGGUCCUUGCAAUGGAAUAUUUUUUCUAUAUGGUAUUCCCUUGACGCGUUACUAUGGAGAGGAUAUAGUGCUGUGGAACCCUGCCACAACAGAAUCAAAGGUGCUUCCCAUAAUAAAGCAACGUCCACGAUAUACCGCCCCUACCGUAUCCUUCAUAUUUGGCUUUGGAAUUGAUCCCAAGACAAAUGAUUUGAAGGUGGUUAGGAUUGUGGACUUUCAACGGCACAAGCAACCCCAAUUUGAGAGUAUUCUUUGGCUACGCUGCCUUUUCGGCUUCAUGAUUUCGUUUGACAUGAGUAAUGAGGUUUUCCAAGAAACGCCGCUUCCUCCCAUAACUGAAGAUCCUUGCUCAAACAACAAAAUUGCAAUUAUCAAUGAAUCUGUAUCCUUAAUUGUAGAAUAUUACGAUGAGGAUUUCGAUGAAGAAGAUGUCACUAUCAACUUUAUCAAGUGGUAUGAUGUAUGGGUUAUGAAUGAAACUGGUGUUGAAUGGACUUAG